UGGAUGAACUUAACUGGCCUACAGAGUCCUGACCUCAACCCGAUAGAACACCUUUGGGAUGAAUUAGAGCAGAGACUCAAAGCCAGGCCUUCUCAUCCAACAUCAGUGCGUGACCUCACAAAUGCGCUUCCGGAAGAAUGGUCAAAAAUUCCCAUGAACACACUACUAAACCUUGUGGACAGCCUUACCAGAAGAGUCGAAGCUGUUAUAGCUGCAAAGGGUGGGUCGACGUCAUAGUGAACCCUAUGGACUAGGAAAGGGAUGUCACUUAAGUCAAAUACUUUUGGCAAUAUAAUGUAUUUUGUCUAAUUUGCCACGAUCUCCCUGCUGCUCUAAUGGGUUCGGUGCACAAGAUGGCACCGGUGAGCUUCGGCAACAGGAGUGCGUGCAUACUUCCAGUCUUGCGUCUUUCGCAUUUGCUGUAAGAGGAAACGUCAUACGAAACUUGCCUAGAUGGGUAAAAUUGAUGUUUUUCGAAUCAAAAUGUUGGUAGUUGUAUAUUUAAGAAAUGCGAAAACAUCUUCAUAUUAUUGCGUACCUCUGUUUGAAUAUUCAUUAAGAUACAACGUGAAGAUUGCUCAGUCCACGGGGAUCUCAUGUACAUUUUUGGAGUCUCAUUCAUUAGUUUCAUUCAUUUACCCAACCCAAACAUAUGUGCGUUUCAAAUGUUAACAUUCAUAGUAUAGUACUAAUAGCGAUGUAGAUAUUUUAUUGCAAUUGAAGUGAUAUUAUAGAUAUUUUAAACGGAUAUAGAAGGUAAUGUUUGGAUUCCGGUUCUCUGCACUGGCUUUUAGCACAACCGGAAGUAUUUAUGCACACACUCGCUCGACCAAAUUCCAAGAUGGCGGAGAUAUCCAACUAGCCCGUAGUAGUGAGUGGGCACUAGGGCAAAAGGAAACCGAUUACAUUACACCAAUUUUAGCUUCAUUUCAUUGGCUUCCAGUUCAGUUUAGAGUUCAUUUCAAGAUUGUUGUUUGUUUGUUUUUUUAAGCUCUUAUGGUCAAGCCCCAUUGGAUCUUAAAUGUCUUCUAAUGUUUACUUGUUCAUCCUCUAGAUCUCUUAGAUUUGUUGAUAAGGCUUUUAGUUGUACCUCACCCACAAUUUAAAAACUAAGAAUAAGGGCUUUUUUGAUUGCUCCCCCGUCUUUGGAAUCAACUGCCACUACACAUCCAUCUCGCACCAUCAAUUACAAUUUUUAAAAUGAAGCUGAAAGCUUAUUUUUACUCUGAAUAAUUUUAAUUUAGGAUCUUAUUGUUACUUUACAUAUGUUUUGUUGUCUAAAUGUUUCUGAAUGCUUUGUUUGUCUCUAUGUUCAGCACUUCCCUGCUAAAAAAAAAACAUUACAGAAAUUCAAAUAGUUGCCAAUAAAAUGCCAUUGUGAACUAUAAGGUUUUUUUUACCAGAAAAACCAUUACAAAAUUCCUUCUUGUAGUGUGUUUUGGCCACUUUUCCAAUAGACUUUAACAUUCCACCAUUAGAAUCACAUACCAGUAGACCAUUAUACUUUCCAUUUAUAACCAGUACAUUAUGAGCAUUAAAUCUAUUUUCUGUUGUGAUUUGGGCAGGGUUCUAUUGAGGUGGGUUAGCUUUGCAGAGCACAUGCCGUUUUCCUUUUUCUCUUACAUUCCAAAGUGCCCUUUUUUGGUGGAGGCAGGGUUUUUUUCCCUUCAAUAAAUCAAUGCUAUUUUCACCCUUUGCGUCGGUCUCUAUUUUCUAUCUUCAGGCAUUUAGCCAAGGAAACAUAUUUAAUACCUGAACAUACUUAAAAUUAGUUAUGACUAAAAUCUUGUUGAAUCCACUCAAACUGUCAGUAAACCUCAUAACUCCAACCCCUUCAACUCGACAGAAGGGUUACUUUACCAUAAUGCCACUUUUGAUGGGGGACCCAUUAAAUGCGAUUGGGCUAGUUUUGGGUAGAAAUUGGGCGGGAUUUGCUGUGAAAACCCUGACAGCAGCAGAAUGAAGUCUUGCAACUGUAAACCCAACCCCCCCCUUUUUUUAACAAUUGCAUAAUCAUUUUUACGCAAGAAACCAUAAAGGCUUAUAUUUUAUGUAUUUGAGGUCUGAGACAGGUGACACCUAUUUUGUUAAUAUUUAAUAUUAUAUAUCAUAUUGUAUAGUCGCUUGAUUAAUGAUUAUGCUGUUAAUAUUCACAUAUUUGCUACAGCUGGCUAAUUUUUGAAUCUAGUUCGUCAUCUUCAAACGUAUAAAGGAAGUAAAGCAUGGUUUUACUAAAGUAAUGUUGUAGUAACUAAAAAAAACAUUACAGAAUCAGAUCACUGUGAUAUCAUAUUUUAAUAGGUUUAGGAGAGGAGAGCUCUGGCACAAUACAAACUUCUCACUGUAUAAAAUGCGGAUGAGAUUUUCGAAAGACCCUGGUCUUCCAGAGAAUCGAGGCGGAUAUAUGUUGGAUAUGCUGGGGUUUUUUUGGGUUUUUUUGACUGGAAUUGUGUUGGACAUUGUUUAUAUCCCAUUGCUUUACCUCCCCUCUUAUAAAUGACAUACCCACACGAUAACCAAAUACAAAUACAUUCAUAAAACAGAAUAGUUAAAAAUAUAUAUAUUCAAACAUAUUUGUAUUGAACUUGUGUAGAGACCAGAGGAUCACAGUAAAGUCAUAAACAUGGCUCACAGAAGAUAGCUGUUGUAAUUAGAUUUAAGGAAGCCCUGUAUUUACUGUAUAUAUCUGUAUAAUUAUUAUAACUGUUAUUGAUAAGAAAUAAAUGUAACGUUUUUGAUACUGUAAUUUUAUGUUUUGCUUAUUUUUUUUUCAGUUUUUUUUAGCAAGUCUAUUCCCGGUUCUGCUGUGAUAAAUCUGAUGUAGCCUAUAAAUAAACCUUACUUACAUAGUAAACAAUUAUGACUCACGCAUCCGCGCGUAUUUAUCUGCCCACUCGUCAUUAAAGAAAUGCCCAAGGACGCAGUUCACACAAGUGAACAAGGGAAACCUCUAAACAAAGCGACUACCUCCGGAUUGAUGUAACGACUGCCUGACUUAAGCCGGAUGUCUGGCGCGUUCGGACACGCAGAACCUCGAUGAGUAACAGUGUCUCCCGACGGAAGGAGAGAGAGGGAGGUCUGUGCUCAACGUCACGUGAACUAUAAAAUAUAACAGCUCCACUGACAGCCCGACAAAGCAACGUGGAUGCGUUAUCCGUGGACAUGGCUCAAGCUGAGGCGUUCGAGUUUGGCGUGGAGCAGGGACAGAUGCUGCAGGUGUUGAUGAGACACUGUCAGACCAUGAAGCGUCAGGAGACGCGGCUGCGCGUGGCCACCGCGCUGCUGCUUGCAACGCUCCUCGCCACUUUUGUGUGGAUUCAGCAGCUAAACACUAAGGAAGCGUUCUCGGGCGCCCGUCCAGAGGCUUUAAAAACUACAGAUUCACCAAGAAGUCACUCUGUGCAUCUCGAACCUCUUAGACAGAUGGACCCUUGUUCGGAACAGCAGCCCAUCGAGUGGUUGGAAGUGAGUGAUGGGUACAACUCCGAAAACUUCAAGCUGGAAAACCGAACAGUCCUCCACGUCUCCUCGAAGGGCCUGUACAUCAUCAAUCUGAGGAUCUCUUACCGUACAGCCUAUAACCUGUGCGAGCCUGAUACAGUUUCGACUUUAGUCGUCAAUGUCACGCAACAUCACAGAAACUAUCCAAGAGAGAGAGAGCUUGUAAGUGCUACAGAGACUAUGAUUUGUAGAGAUUGUUUGAGCCAGUCGAUCACUGUGAAUCGAGCAGUCGGGUUAGAAGCUGGCACGAUUCUCAGGGUGAGAAUUAACCAGAAUAGUUGUAAGUUUGUUAACUGGGUUAAAAACAGUCAUUUGGAUGUCACUUUUCUCUAGAGGUUUUUUUUUUUUUUUGAUUGAAAAAUUAGUUUUACUUCCUAAUGGAAUGAAUGUAUAUUUGAGAUUAGUUAGAAACGGCAUUAAGUUUACUUUUUAAUUACCUAUUAUUUAGGUGCUCUAAGAAAUACAAAAAAUGUUUAACCAUUUGGUUGAUAUUUUCAGGUUUAAUGAGAGGUUUACUCUGAUUCUUUGUCAAAACUGUUAUUAAAUAACAAGACUACCCAUGUACUAUCCUCAUGGGGCCGAUUUUGAAUUUAGUUAUUAAGUGUUAUUGUGACAGCCAAAUACACCAAAAUGUUGGUAGCAGGUGAAAUUAUGUGCAUGUUUUAUGUUAAAACUUUUUAAAUGCGCAUUUAAGAACUGAUUCAUCACGAGUUGUUUGUCCUUUUGAUUUUAAAAAUCAAGUAUUAUUUUUACACAAUUUAGAGCCCAUACUGUUCAUUGCAUUCACCUCUAGGCAGCAAUUGUUUUUAUGCUUCACUCCUAAAUCUGUUACUUGAAAUUCAAAUAAUGUUUUUACAUAUAUUUGUGUCAAAUAUUCAAAUUAUAAUGCCUCUGUCAACGAUUUACUACACUAAAGGUAUAUCUAGAAACAACAAUGCAAAAAAAGUCUUCAUUGCCUGAUAAUACUCUUUGAUUACUGGAUCAAGAAACGUUCUGCAUUUAUUCUGUACUGCAUGAAUAAAAAAAAAAUAAAAAAACUUGUCAAAGAA